CUUGUAGCGAAAAAAGUUAACACUCUAUUCAACUUAUUAUGGUUUGGAGCAGAGAAACUGAUCAGGAGGUUUGAUUAGUUAAUAAUAUGACGAAAGUUCAGCCAAGGGAUGUUUCUCCCAUAUUGCAGAUGCUUAGGAACUUCUUGCUGGGGAGAUCCAUGAAGAAUGCACUCAGAUUUCAAGAUUAUGUGGCAACAAGGUCACCUCCAAUGCCAAAUUUACCAGAAGGUCCUUCACAUAAAUUAUCUAGUAACUAUUAUUAUACAAGAGAUGGAAGACGAGAGAGCAGACCACCUUUGGAAUUAACUCCAACAAAUAUGAAAUCUAUUGCAAGUGAAAAAUCUGUUACAGGAAAACCAAAACCUUUGUCAAUAACACCUGGAAAAGGAUAUGUAUGGAAGAAGGUUGAGUCGAUUCAAUAAGAAUAAGUAGAUUGAAUGAGCCUUAUAGAACCUUGUAAUUUAGUGAAUUGAGAUGAAAUUAGUGUUUAAAAUAUCUAUAUUGUUUUAAUAAAAGAAAAUUGGACUUGAUAAAA